AUGCACGUCUUCAGCCUGAGGAGAAGUACUUUACAACCGCGACUGUUCCAGCAAGCAUGUCGCCUUGCUUCGACCAGCACUAGACGCAUCGCCCCGCGCAACCAUCGUAACAAACGACUCGCCGCUCGUUCAUCACCUCCUGCUCGCCCCAGCGCUCCAGUGGACGACGAAGAGGAGGAAGCCGUCCGCUGGUUCGAACAAGAUGUCGAGACAGGUGCUACCCGCCGUAUCGCCGGCAAUCCAGAAGAGCUGGAAGCGGCAGAGCUGAGACAGAAGAUCGCCGCCCUGGAGCAAGAACUGAGCGAAUACCAAGAUCAAGAGUCGGACGAGGACAUGCUGGCUGCCAUGGAGCCUGAGGACAGAGCAAAGAUGGAAAAGGCUUUGGCCGUACGCAACGAGCAACAGACUGAACUUACCAACGGCCUCAAUGUCAGUCUGGACAUGCCUCCGCUGACUGUGCCUCUUCUCAAGAAGUUCAACAUGUCUCUCCGCAGGGCUGCUCUACAACCCCACUCUGUCGCGCGGAGGAAGGAUCUCUGGAGAUGGUACGGACGUGCAAGGUACAGCAUUCCUGCUCUAUCGAGCAUGAUCCCCAAGAAGGCCUGGCAGCUGAUCUGGGACUCUCAAUCUGUCGAAUCUCACACCAAUCCCGAGCGCUUGCACCAUAUGGCUCAACUUCUGCGCGAUAUGACUCUGGUCGAUAUGGAAAUCAUGCCUGAACAGUCUCUCGUCCUUAUUGAGACACUGCUCGCUCUCGACAAGAACGAAGAGGCUGUUGCUUCAUGGCAAUACAUCUUCGACUCUACUUCGACUCCUUCCGAGAAGGUUCUAGCUCUCGGAGUACGACUCUUUGCACAGAACGAUCGCGUCGCAAAAGCCAACACAAUCAUGAUGCAACUAUUCGAUCGCUUUCCCGAGCACGAUCCUCGCAUCAUUAUCACUCUUCUCAGCGCCAAUCUCCGGACUGGAAGGGACGAAACGGCCUUUGGAUGUUACGUCCUCAUGAGUCAAAAGCUGGGCGAAGACAUGAAUAUGGAGGACUACGAUGUUGUUUCACUCACCUUCCUCGAGCACAACAAAAAGGACUACGCUCUGGCCGUCUUCCGCGACAUGAUGUUGCGUGGCUCUAACAAAGAAGUCUCGGAACAAUUCCUGGGCGCUUCGGGACAGAAUGACGCCUAUGAAGAGGUCUUCAAGCGCAUGGAACUGUUGACUGAAGGAACAAAUGACCUGAAAGAACUCAACGCUACUGCUCUGAAGGCUCUGAGUGCUUUACCUCGACCGUGGCAGAACAAGUUCUUCUACGGCAGCUGGCUCAAGAAAUUGAUUGGAAUGGGUCAACUCGAAGCCGCAACGAAGGUCGUCGAGUUGAUGUACGAACGAGGUAUCGAACCCGAUGCUAAACACUUGAAUGGGUUGAUCGGCGGCUAUUUCCGCUCCCAAGUCCCAGAGCUAGAGGAUCGAGGCGAACAGAUGGCCUGGAAAAUGAUCCAACGAAGAUUAGAACUUUCGUACCGACAUCGUUGCAUCAAACGAGGCGAAAAAGUGGAAGACAUUGCCCCCUCUAUAUACGAUACCAGCGCCAGCAAUAUCGGAGACGUCGAGAUGCCAGCUCAUCUCGCCCGUCCCGUGCCUAUCGGAACCAUCGAGACCUUCAACGUCCUCGCGCUCCAGUAUUCCAUCAAGGAGAAUUGGGCACUCAUCCACCACCUCAAUCGCAUGUUGCGACCAGCAAAACUCUGGUUGGAUACUGUAUUCUUGAACCACCUACUCAACAUGAUUUUCAACACUUACCACGACGAAAAAAGACUUUGGCAAAAGUUCUUGAACAAAGCAAAACACGUCACCGGUGGUCCUGACAUUGAAACCUACAAUAUUCUGUGGACAGCUCAACUCGAACACUUGAACCCUAAGAUUAAUAAAGAAAAUAAAGCGAACACUGGAUACCCUUCUCCCCGCCAGCUCUUUGGCCUCAUGACUUCCUGGUAUCACAGCAAAGACGCCAGAGCACGUUCUUUGCUCGCUCCAGACUUCACGCCUGAGGUCUUUACAAAGAUCAUCUCUAGCUUUUGCUUGCAGAAGGACUUUGCUGGAUGUUUGGUGGCGCUACACGGCAUCGCUCGCAUGUACAACGCAUACCCCGAUCCAGAAUUAGCGCGCGUCAUCCUCAUCGCCGUAGCCAACAUGUCCGAAGCCGAACCAGUGACUCUCCGCGGUCGCCGAGGCCGCCAACAACUCCCCGCCUCUGUGGCUCGCCUCAAAACCACUUCAAAAGUGAUGGCAGAACUCGCGAAUCGCCGUGCAGAAGCCGCCGCUGCGAGUGGCAACCACAUUGAGUCUAUGGAUGUCCAAGCACGUAAAGAGGAAGCAUUGAACUUGCUUUCUGAAUUCUUGAGAUUGGUGUUGGUAAAGCAAAAUAAAAACAGUGUUGAUGUGGUGGAGAAAGAGAUCCAGGAGGCUGCUGUGACGUGCCAGUUGCCGGGUAUUGUGACGGGAGACAAGGAUUGUUCGAAUGUGGUUGCUGAUCUGAAUCUGGAGUUGGUUUUGCGCAAGGAGGAGGAGGUAUAG